AUGCCUUUACCUCUCCAGCGUGAAGUUCCCUACGAGAGCGGAGCCCAACACGACGGCCGGCCUCCCGCAGCCGCCCCAGCCUGCGCACACGACUGCACACACACAGCCGGGUCGGGAAGGACCCGCGCGGCGCGUCCGAGGACGACGAGGGCGCUGACUGCGGUGGACUCGAGCCUGGGCCUCCGCGGUUCCGGAGCCGCCCGGUUAGCUAGCUGGGGUGGGCGCCCGGGCUUCUCCGAGCGUUCUCCGCUAGAGCAAGGGGCGGAGACAGGAGCGGGGCUGGGAGGCGAAGGCUGGCGGCGACCUAGCGCUCCCACCCGUUGCCGCCGCGGUGCGCAGAGCCAAGCGCCGGGCGCUUCCGCCGCUCCCGCGAGCUCCCGGGCAUUUAUUGCGGUCCCUGCGCGCGCACGUGACGUGAGCGCCCCUCCUCGCCCACCCCCACCUCUACUCAGCCUGGCCCGCUGCCCGCUGUGGAGCAUGGAGCAGCCGCGCUGUUUCCCCCCCGGCCGGCGAAGCCUGGACGCUUGGCCUUUGUGGGCGUGCUUUGGGAUUCAGAGGCCCGGAGUACAGGUCUGCAGAAGUGCUUCACAAUGCACCUGGGUUUGAGGUUGUCUUUCACGUUUACCAGAAGGGGCUGUUGAAAGGUGAG